AUGAGCGAGGUCCAGAAGAAACCCAUUUCUUUUUCAAACAUCCUGCUCGGAGCAGGUCUCAACAUGUUUGAGGUCACCACGCUGGGCCAGCCUCUGGAGGUGGUCAAGACAACGAUGGCCGCCAACCGGUCGCUCACCAUAUUCCAGGCCACCAAACACGUCUGGUCUCGUGGAGGGUUGUACGGCUUUUACCAGGGUCUGAUCCCAUGGGCCUGGAUCGAGGCCAGCACCAAAGGUGCCGUGCUGCUGUUUGUCUCUUCGGAGGCCGAAUACCGUCUCAAAGUGCUCGGAGCGUCUCCGUUUGUGUCUGGAAUCGGUGGAGGAAUCACUGGUGGUUUGUUCCAAGCAUACCUGACAAUGGGAUUCUGCACGUGCAUGAAGACCGUGGAGAUCACGCGUCACAAGGCCGCUGCAGCUGGAGCUCCUGUUAAGAGCACUUUCGAGGUUUUCAGGGAGAUCUUUGCCAAAGACGGUAUCAGAGGCAUCAAUAAGGGUGUCAACGCCGUGGCCAUCAGACAGAUGACCAAUUGGGGUUCGAGAUUCGGUCUGUCGCGACUCGCAGAGGACAGCAUCAGGUCGGUGACGGGCAAGAGCAAGGACGAGAAGCUGGGAGCAGGCGAGAGAAUCCUGUCGUCUGUGCUUGGUGGAGGUCUUUCUGCCUGGAACCAGCCUAUCGAGGUGAUUAGAGUCGAGAUGCAGUCGCAGACCAAGGACCCUAACCGGCCAAAGAACCUGAGCGUUCUUGGCGCAGCCAAGUACAUCUAUUCGAUCAACGGCAUCAAGGGUCUGUACCGAGGCGUGACUCCAAGAGUUAUGCUGGGAGUUUGGCAGACGGUGUGCAUGGUGACACUGGGAGACUACGCCAAGGAGUUUGUUGCCGAGCUUACGGGUGAAAAGCCUGCUGGACACUAA